UGAGCUACUUCCAUUGUGCUGGUGACUUUCAUCAAAAAGUGAACUAAAAACUGCGGAAUUGCGGAGUGUCGUUAUUUUACGUGGUUUGUGCUAGGAUGUUGUCACCUGUAAUAUCGGCUGCGGCUACCCCCUUUGGUGUUAGAGAUAUUCUCAGUGCUGAUCAAGAAAUGGGUGAUAUGAGUUGCUAUCAAGCACCAAGCGAUGCCCAAUCGCACAUGAGUGCGCCAAUGUCGACUGAUUAUUACGGAUACCCGAAUACCCUGGAUAAUUCCUGGGAAACUGAUAAGCCGAAAAAUCCGAUUCUUCAUCAAUUCCCUACCUAUGGAAGUAUGAAUCAUGUUCAAGAACUUAGUCAAGUCGCUCCACCUUAUCAAGAAAGUUCAGCAAGCGAAGAAAGAAAUUUAGUAACAUCGAGCAAAACAGAACUGCGAAAAAAUCAGUCCAAUAAGAGAAUUAAACGCAAGCCUAGAGUUUUAUUUUCUCAAACUCAAGUAUCUGAGUUAGAGCGGAGAUUCAAGCAGCAACGGUAUCUAAGCGCCUCGGAGCGAGAAGUAUUGGCUCAGUCACUUAAGCUAUCUAGUACUCAGGUAAAAAUUUGGUUUCAAAAUCGUCGCUACAAAAACAAACGCGCUCAUAUUGAAGAAGCUGAAAAAGGCCUCACAGAAAAGAACCAGUCAUUAAAGAAAAUACCGGUCCCUGUUCUUAUUAAAGACGGGAAGCCAAGCAGCCAGGACACUUGGAACUCAUCUUACUGGCAAGCCAAUAACUCCACGUGCCCAGAAUCGUCUGUGAACCCGAUAGCGUCCGACUAUCCCAGGACUGCUCCAAUUCAAGAAUACAAAAUGCUCGAACAUCAGCAAGUGAGCUCGGAUUACCAGCCCGAUUAUAUAAAUCGAACGAAUCCUAUUGCCAACGUGGAAAAUCAAAGACCAGCAAUGUCCAUGGAUUACCGCCAAAAUUAUACUGGUGACGUUAUGCCAUUUCCGGAUAUGAGAAAUAUCGUACCAGAAGUCAAAACUCCCGAGAUGAGAACUGCUCAUGUUCCACCUGAUUACAGCUAUCAUAAUUACGUUACUCAACCAACUUAUCAAAUGCCUUAUUAUAAUUAUGUAGAGACAACUACAGCCGAUCAAAAUUUUCAAAGACUGUAUUAA